AUUUGUUCACUGUGACUGCGCUAAUUUAAUAACGUAUUUUAAAUAAAGUUGUUUUGUUAUUAAAUUAUAAUCUUUGUAAUCAUGUUCAGAUUUAUAUUGAGAUCUAAGGAUGUUUGUUUGAUAUAAUAAUAUGUUUGUAGCAUGACGGUUUACACUGGAAUCUUAAAUACAAAUAAGGAAAACUGAACUCAAACAUGGAUCAAUAUGCUGAUAACUACAUUGCUGAGAACGGUGUCCUACGUCGCAAACUACAGAGCAAGGCAGAGGCGUUACUAAUCCUCAGUCAAGAGCUGGAACAAUGCCGGACAGAAAGAGAUCAAUUCAAAUUAAUGGCAGAACAAAUCCAGGGUCGAUAUUCAAAGCUCAAGAAAAUCUGCCCAGAUUCGAUUAUCGGUUACGGCUCAGCACAUCUUCCUGGUAAAAGUGUAGCUCAACUAGUGGAAGAGUUGAGUGAGAAGAAUAAAGCGCUUAUUCUAGAACAGGACGAUCUCAAACAGAAACUCAAAGAUGCCUAUGGUGAUAUCAAGGUGCUCCGCGCCGGCUUGCUGCAGCGCGCACGCAACGCAGCGGCAGCCAACAACCACGGAGGCGGCAGCUCAGCGGAGGCGGAGUCGGCGCCCGGCCACCAGCGCGAGGAGCUGGUGUCGCGGCUGGAGGCGGCCGGUGCUCGCUGCACGCAGCUGCAAGCGGACGUGCGACAGCUGCUGGACGACAAGGAGGAGAUGGAACGGGAGUGCGACGCCUACCGAUGCAAGGCGCACCGACUCAAUCACCAGCUGGCCAUCCUUCUCAGGUCCCGCGCCGAUCCGCACGGCAACGCCUUGAGGGUGGUUGAUAUCGAUGCGCUCGUCAUGGAGAAUAGGUACUUGCAAGAACGACUGGAACAGUUACAAGAAGAGAAAGAAAUGUCACAGCAAACUCUUUCAAAAUACAAGGCGAUGCUGGAAAAGAAGCGACAGAAGGGCAGCCUGAAGCUAGGUCACAGUGGUGGGGGUGGUGGUGGUCUGGUGGUGUCGCACAAACAGGUGCACCAACUGUUGAGCGACGAGGGACCGCCGGCCGAGAACGCCCUUGUCGAACUGCGCUCGCUGUGCCUUGCUCUGUUGGAGGCACUACAAGACAAGUCACUCGCGCUUGCGCACCAGAAAAAGUCAAACAGGAUCCUAGCCGGCCGAGUAAGAGAACUGGAACAGAGAACAGAAGUUGUGUUUCCAUCACAAAUGCUGCUGCAGGGCUAUUCGGGUGCGCAAGUCGACAAAGAACAAAUGGUCAUUCCAAUACCUGAAGUUACAGCCCAGAACAAUGGUGAACAAUCAAGCUAUACCACGACUGCCUCUAAAAUUACAAAAAUUGACAAUGAUUCUAAAGAUGAGAAGAUUUCUAGUCCUGACAACAGUAUUGGUGAUGAAGACGCAUUACCUCCUCGGUUACAGCAGUUAGUGUUGUCAGCAAUGAAAGAAAUUGAGGCAGAACCAACGUCUGUCACCGUCAACUGAAUUCUCAGUUGUCUUUGUACUAUUCUCUUGCCUACAUUACUUCCGCUUCGAAGCAAUUUCUGCUUUCUGCAUAUCAACUCAAUGAUAACUUUGAAACCUGUGACUGUACUGAAAUCUGCUUGUCACGCUUCUGGUGAAUAUCGGUUACUUGGUAAUUGCUUGUCGAUCGACUUUAAGGGCGAGACUAUAUUAGGCGUUUUUUCAGGCGCCCAAUCAGUCAAUCGGAGAGCUUCCUGCCCUGCCGACUCUAAAAACGCCUAAUAUGGUUUCACCCUUACUGUCGAUGAAUCGCAUUUUUCGAAGAGUUGUUUUAUCGGCCCACUGUAAAGUUCCCAAUAAUUCUGUGUCAUACUGUUGACAUUCUCAAUUUUUCAAAUUUUAUUCUAAGCUUUGAUCUCAUCAGAAACUAGUCAAAUCAACUUGAGAAAAAUAAGCGUGACUCAAUAAAUUUGAUUUUUAGGUAUUUUAAUCAUAUUAACUACUAGUCAUUCAGAGAAAAAAAUGCAAAUUGCUUGUUAAUGAAAUAAUGCGAAAAAUCCGAGAAAAAUGCAAAUUGCUAAUAUAAUAAUUAUUUAACAAGUACAGUUCAUUGUUCGUGAUAUUUAAUUAUUUUUAUAUCUACAUUUAUUUAUUUUAUUAAAUUAUUUUCAAUAUAUGGAAUGAACAUAUCAGGAACAAAAUCAUGUGUUCGAUUAUUGUAAUUCUAUAUUAAUAAACUGAUACUUUCCAAUUAUUUGAAUUUACUGCAAAUAAAGAGAAGCUUUAUUGCGUUAAGGAUGACUUUUGUAAACUCUCCUAGAUAGUUUUUAUUUGGUAUAUUUUAUAAUUUAUUAAAUCUUAUGCAGCAAAGCCUGAAUGGAUUUGAAAAUAACGAUCAAUUUUUCAAGUACGUAUGCAAUAAGAAACAGGCCCGGUUGCACGUAAUUUUCAUUUAACCUGUGUUUAAAGACGUGAUUCGCUUCUCUUAUUGGUUCUCGUGUUAUUCAACCGUAAUUUGAUUACAGUUAUAUUUAAUAGACAUACGUGCAAACUUGUUUUACGUACGUAUUUUAUCCAUGUGCAGAAUUCAUAUAAGAGUAUUUUAGAUUAAUCAGGAAUGAUAAUAUAAAACUGUUGUAACCAAAGAAUGUUAUUAUAUAUUUGAUUCUAAAUACAGUAUUUUAUGAUGAUUAA